UGAUGGAGGGGCAGUGUGGGGACGUGGAAUUGCAUCCAGUCUACAGCCGGCAGCGGUCCUCUUCUUUUGGUGACAUUUAUAGAAUCACAAAGGGACUCCAUUGAAGAAAAGUUGCAUGUCAUUUGUUUUUAUGUGUGUGUUAACGUUGUAAGAAGGAACAGACUUGGGAAAGAUGAAGCUCAAAGAGAUCAAUCGCACAGCGAUCCAGAGCUGGAGUCCUGCACAGCAACAUCCAGUGUACUUGGCAGCGGGUACUUCAGCCCAACAGCUAGAUGCCACCUUUAGCACCAAUGCCUCGUUGGAGAUCUUUGAGCUGGACUUGGCCGAGCCCUCUCUGGACAUGAAGUCCUGCGGCACCUACUCCUCCUCUCAUAGAUAUCACAAACUGGUGUGGGGUCCCCAUGGGAUGGAAGGGAGUCUCCCGUCCGGAGUCCUGAUCGCAGGGGGAGAAAACGGGGACGUGAUCCUGUACGACCCUGCCAAGAUCGUAGCUGGGGACAGCGAUGUGAUCAUCACCCAGAGUGACAAGCACACGGGCCCCGUGAGAGCCCUGGACGUCAACUCUUUUCAGACAAACCUGGUUGCCUCAGGUGGGAAUGAAUCGGAAAUUUACAUCUGGGACCUGAAUAACUUUGGAUCUCCGAUGACUCCGGGACCUAAAACUCAGCCCCUGGAGGACAUCAGCUGUGUGGCGUGGAACCGGCAGGUGCAACAUAUCCUAGCCUCCGCCAGCCCCAGUGGUCGAGCCUCCGUCUGGGACCUCCGCAAGAACGACCUCAUCAUCAAAGUUAGCGACCACAGCAACAGGAUGCAUUGCUCCGGGUUGGCCUGGAACCCAGAAGUGGCCACACAGCUGGUUCUGGCGUCGGAGGACGACCGCAUGCCUGUUAUUCAGAUGUGGGACCUGCGUUUCGCCACCUCUCCUUUCAAGAUCCUGGAGAACCACACAAGGGGUGUCCUUGCCAUUGCCUGGAGUUUGGCUGACCCUGAACUGCUUCUGAGCUGUGGGAAGGACAACAGGAUUCUGUGCUGGAACCCCAACACUGCUGAGGUUCUGUAUGAGCUGCCCACCAGCACCCAGUGGUGCUUCGACAUCCAGUGGUGUCCCAGGAACCCUGCUGUGCUGUCGGCCGCAGCUUUUGACGGACACAUCGGCAUUUACUCCAUCAUGGGGGGCAGCAGCCAGGCCCACACCCAGAUGCAGGCAGACCAGAUCACUUCCUCGUUUGGGAACAUGGAUCCGUUUGGGACGGGCCAGACACUGCCCCCUCUUCAGAUGCCCCGGACCCCUGCUGCCCCUGCUACAAUCACCCCCCUGAAGAAGCCCCCGAAAUGGAUCCGUAGGCCCGUCGGCGCCUCCUUCGCUUUCGGUGGGAAGCUGGUGUCUUUGGAGAACCUGAAGCUAAACCCACAGCAACCACAGCAGACCACAGCACACUUGGUUCACGUCAGUCAGGUCGUCACAGAGACGGCCUUCUUGAAGAGGUCAGGCCAGCUUCAGAUGACUCUCAACUCCGGGAACUUUGUGGAUUUUUGUGAGGCGAAGAUCGCAGCAGCCCAAAAUGAGUUUGAGAGAACAGUCUGGUCUUUCUUAAAGGUGAACUUUGAGGAUGAUGCUCGGGGUAAAUACUUGGAGCUUCUAGGAUACAAGAAGGAAGAACUAGCUUUAAAGAUAGCAGCGGCACUCGAAGAGAAACCUGUUCAGCCCGAGAAGCCAGUUCCCGACUUCGACCUCAACCCUGCGUCCUCCCUUGGUCUACAGCCAGUGCCUGGUUUUGAUCCCACACCAUCACUUAACCUACAACCAGUAGCCGUGUUGGAUCUGGCUCCCCUGAUCAGCCUGCCACCUUUAGCGGACUCCAGCCUCAACCUCUUGGCUGACCUCCCCCCCGAGGCAGCGUUCGACCUCAUUGCUGCAGCAAACCUGCAGCCAGCGGAGGAACCGGAAGAGCCUGAGGUUCCGGCAGCGCUGUUGGAGCCGGAAGCGGAGCCAGAAGCACCUGAAGGAGAGACCCCCGAGGCUGGUGACGGGAAGGUCCAGACUGAGCCCAGUGCAGUGGAGCCCCUCCCUGUGGAGGAGGAGAACCCUCUGGAGGAGGAGGUGACGGCACCAGUGGAGGCAGAGAGCAGCCCCCCAGAGGAGACUGUGGAAGAAAUCACAGGCCCUGGCUCGGUAGAGGCAGGCAUCAACCUCAGAGUCAGUCAAGAUGUAGAUGGACUGAUCACCCAAGCUCUGCUGACCGGUGACUUUGAGGGGGCGGUGGAACUCUGUCUCCACGACAACCGCAUGGCCGACAGCAUCAUACUUGCCAUCGCUGGAGGGGCGGAGCUCCUGGAGAAGACGCAGAAAAAGUAUUUCACCAAGACCCACAGCAAGAUCACCAAGCUGAUCAGCGCCGUGGUGACGAAGGACUGGCAUGACGUGCUGCAGACCUGCGACCUGCAGAACUGGAAGGAGGCUUUGGCUGCCGUCAUGACCUACGCUCAGCCCGACGAGUUCUCCUCCCUCUGUGGUAUGAUGGGCUCCAGGCUGGAGGCAGCCGAGGAUGACCAGCUGCAGGCCCAGGCCUGCCUGUGUUACAUCUGCGCCGGCAACCUGGAGAAGCUGGUCUCCUGCUGGACCAGAGCCCAGGAGGGCCAAUGCCCACUCUCCCUCCAGGACCUGGUGGAGAAAGUGGUGGUGCUGCGCCAGGCUGUGGAGAAGAGCCAGGGUUCUGGUUCCUCGGUCGUGGGCGCUCUGCUGGCUGAGAAGAUGAGCCAGUACUCCAGCCUCCUGGCCUCUCAGGGCAGCCUGGACACAGCCUUGGCCUACUUACCAGAGAAGACCAACCAGGCUGCCGUGCAGCAGCUUCGCGAUCGCCUCAGUCGGGCCCUCGGCCAGCAGGCUACUGCUCCUCCAGCCCCGGCCCCAGCACAGCCCCCUGCUCCCCAGCAGACAGAAGCCCAUCCCAGGCAGACCUACAACCCUGGGCAGCCCCAGGUGCCCCAGCCCGCUCCAGCCCCAGCACCUGCCCCGGUGCCCAGCGCUGGCCCUGCCCAGUCUCAGUAUUACCAGCCGGCGAGGUCUGCCACUACUGUCACCUCCUGGAGUAACCAAACCCCCACAGGCUUCCCCAGUGCCCCUCCUCCUCCUCAACUAGCCCAUGCCUCAGACCAGAAGGUGGAGGCCGGCCAGCCCAGGUUUGGGAUGCAGGCACCGGGAGCAGCAGCUCCACCCCAGGCCUCCGCUGCCCCGCCUGCCUACAUGUACUCCCAGCAGUACCAGCCCUACCACCAGGUCAACCAGUUCCAACCUGGAGCUGGGGCACCAGCUAUCUAUCAGCCUCUCCAGUACUCUGCUGCCUCUCUCCCCCCUCUCCCUGCCUCCUCCUGCUGCCCCCCUGCCCCCGCUCCGGGCUUCCGGGCUCAGUACAUGCAGCCCGGCCCCCCUCCGCCCGGCCCCCCUCCUCCGCGCUACCCUGGUCCCCCCGCGGGCCACCCCUCCUCUCCUCACCCUCUCUCUCCCACGGCCUCUUCCGCCUUCUCUCCUCUGUCCUCCUCCGGCGCUUCUUUCCAACAUGGCGGCCCUGGAUCGCCCUCCUCCUACAUGCCUCCUCCGCCACCGACAGGAGCCUCAGGGGGAUUUAAUCCAGACACAGACUGUUUUAUGGAAGGGCCCCAGAACGGCUGGAACGACCCCCCGGCGCUGAGCAGAGUGCCCAAGAAGAAGAAGGUUCCAGAGAACUACACCCCCCCUGCCCCCAUCACAGCCCCCAUAAUGUCCCCCCUCGGAGGGGACCCCCAGGCCCAGCAGGUUCCCACCAUGCCCCCCCAGCCCGGGGUCCACGGCCAGCCGGGGGUCCAGCCCCCCUACCCAGGCAUGCAGCAACAGCAGCCCCUCCCCCAUCAACCCAUGAACCCUGCCCUUCCCAAGACCAGCGUGGAAGGAGCCCCUGGAGCCCCCAUUGGAGAUGUCAUACAGCCCCUGCAAUCCAUACCUGCUGAGAAGAUCACUAAGAAGCCAAUCCCAGAUGAACACCUGGUCCUCAAGAGCACGUUCGAGGGCCUCAUCCAGAAGUGUUUGGCAGCUGCCAACGACCCUCAAACCAAGAGGAAACUCGACGAUGCCAACAAGCGCCUGGAGGCUCUGUACGACAAGCUGAGAGAACAAACUCUCUCGCCAGCCAUUGUAGGUGGACUGCACAACAUGGUAAGGAGCAUCGAGGCUCGGUCCUACACGGAGGGCCUGACCAUCCACACCCACAUAGUCAGCACCAACAACUUCAGCGAGACCUCGGCCUUCAUGCCUGUUCUGAAGGUGGUGCUCACACAAGCCAACAGACUGGGGGUCUGAGAGAGAGGGGGGGGGGCUCCCGAUCACCUGACCCAGUCUAGAACAGGACCGGAGACCAAUCAGACGCUUGAGAUGAUGUCAUAGAGAUACCAGGAAGUAGGAUUUGGAGCCUGUGGAUGUAGAUGCAGGGAUGUAAUAGCCGGAUUUUUGUGUCACUGAGGUUUCCGUGUGGUUACCGAUAUGUUUCCUUAAGAACGAAGGGAUUGAUCCAGUAACAGGUUUUUUAUUUUUUAUUUUCUUGUCAGUAUAGCAUGGUCAGAGUCCUCCCGCAUCUCAGACACCAGACAUCAGUAUCACCACAGUAACAUAGGACCAACCUCUUGCCAGUCUUAUUUUUUAUCUUCACACAACACGACUCAUCACAAUCUUAAGGUCAUGUUCUUUUUAUCGGUUAGAUGUAAUUUUUUUAAUUGUAAUCAUGCUAUUCAUACAGAGCAGAGUGCAAUGGGGAUGGUCCUCUUCUAAAGCAAAAAAACAUUGUACGAAAAGGAAUGCACGCUUCAAAUAGCCUUGGAAUCAUUGUCAAAUUGUUCAGUUGGAUUAGCAUUAAAAUCCAGUGAGAGCCGGCUACAGGGAGAGCAAUCUGCAAUCCAACAGUCCUCAUUUUCUCUGUUAUGUUUAAACAAGAGAAACCCUUUUUUGUUUAAGACCAACAACAUGCAAUAUUUUCAAUAAAUAGUAUUUAUUUAAAAUGCGUUGCUUCACUGUUUUAAUAUGAGUUGCUUUAGGAGAGAAAUUUGGUUUAGUUUGCCUUUUUAUGGCCAUAAAUGGCACGUAGACGUCACAUUACUUACUGGUCCUAGACGCUUUAUGAGUCACAAGCCUUCUGGACAGUGAUACUGUACGCCCAAAGCCAUCUGCGGACUGGGAUCAGGCAUGUGCCUGAUAACCUUAAUGAUAUGCAUCUGUUUAGCAUUCCUGUAGCGUUAGCAAUUAAUUAUCAAUUGUCCGGAUCAAGCCCUAACAUGCUGGACGAACAUGACAGAGUUUUAGAAUUUGUACUGUUCUUAUAGUAUCUUACGCCAAUAACAAAACUGUUUGCUUUUUAUACCACCUCUGCCUGUCCGCAGUAUGUAUUAGGCUUGUGUAUACUAUAGGCUACAUGUCUUCAUGGAGUUAAGGUAAUAAAUGCUUUGACAAAGUC